CCUUUACUUUCUGUUGCUUUAUUCCUCUUUUUAAAAAGGAAUCUUUCAUUCCUCUGUCCUUCUCUGUUUCUCUGUCCCCAGAGUGUUGAUAGUGCUUAUAAUAUUAAACUCUUCCAGGGGAAUUUCUAGACAUGAACUUAAGAUAUUUGUUUACCUUGUUAAAGGACCUCAUUUAAUAUAGCAAAUGGAAUUACUUAAAAUAUUUCGGCGUAGGUAAAAUUUUGAAUUUGCAUGUAAACUGUGCUGGUUCAUGCAAAAUUUAUGACAAAGAUUAUAGGAGUUAGUCUUUGCUCUUACUGAUUUGUGAGUAGGUGAUCUGAAAAUUGCCUGGGUGUUUGCGUUUGGGUUGGUUAGUUGCCAUUGAAGCUAACGUGUGUAUCUAAGUAGCCCUGUAGUUUUUUCAAAGGUAGCAGUGAACUGAGAAACGCACCUUGCUGGAGUUUAGAGGUUUGGAAGUCUUAUACCUGUGUUUUAGGGUCUGGCUAAGGUAGGGAUGAGAUACACAGCACCUUUAUGUCUGCUGUUGUGCCUUGGAGUUCCUAGGUACCUUCUCUUACACUGCAGAGAACAGAAAAAAGACCGUACUCCAGCAAGGUGUGCAAAAAGCUGGUAGCUGGAAGAGAGCGGCUGAGCAAUGCCUUUGCUGCAAAGAGCUCUGCAGAGGCAGUUGGAGAGGCAAUCUUAUGAUAUUCAUUCAUUCAUGUGGUUUUUUGUUCACCACUCUUAGUAGUGAUGAGAAAUUUCAUUGACCCAGAUUUUGCUUUGUAUCUUUUAAGAUCAAGCUGGUAAUUUCUCUACACUGACUAUUUUGUGCAAUCUGUGUGGAGUUCUCUUCUAUGUCAAGAAGAGUCUGUGCUGUUGGCAGACUGUUAGAUUAUACUUUUUUCAUCUCUGCAGUAGAGCUGUAAUAGAAUAGUAACUGCAGAGCUGUAAUAGAAUAGUAAUGGCAGGUUUUCCUUUGCAUUCUGUUGUUGUUCAUCAUUAGAUCAAGUUUCAGAACAUCCUCUUCCAGUCUCUGCUUACCUUCUUCCAGUCCUAUAUUUGUAGACAUCUUGUAUUACUGUAUCUUCAUCUGUUUUUCACAGAAUCAAUGAGGUUGGAAGGGACCACGAGUCACCUGCUCCAACAUCCUGCGCAAGCAGGCUCAAAAUCAAAGUUUUCCUUUGUUUUGUUCUGGUCUUUGUCUUUUGCUAGUGCCAUUUAUCAGUUAUAUGGACAUCUUUGGUUUUAUUCUUUUGUUUAUUUGUUUGUACAGCCACUUCUUAUGCCACUUGGAUCAUCCUUCAUAUGCAUUAAACAAGGAGCCAUACCUGCAAUCAUGCAGAUUUUGAAAGAGCCCUCUGUGAGACUUGUGCUCCAGGUGGGGCUACUUGGUUGUUUUGCUCUCCAUCAGUUCCCUGCAUCAGUGGAUUCUGCUGCACAAGCAUUUGCAGUAGAGAGCAACAAGUGGGUUGCAAAAGCAGUGCAAAACUUUAUAAUUUAAUGCCUAGAAACUUGUUAUGUUUCUCUUUCAGAUAAGCAUUUUCACUGUGAAGAAUCAGAAAGAUGGAUUUUAAAUAAAAAAAAUAUGGACCUUUUUGAAGGAAAAAAAGUGCUAUCCUAUCAGUUAAACUAGAACAUGUUCUUUUAAUAAACUCUUCCAAAAUUAUUUUGUUCUUUAAUUAGGAAAGCCAACAUGAUCAAUUAACAGGAGGAUCACUACUGUUCAUAUAUUUGACUUACCCUUUUUUAUGGUUGAAUUUUAUGUGUUUUCAAAUGAUUGUGUAUUUGCCUCCCAACAAUAAAUAAUUAAACCUAUGUUUUGCUACUUAGAACAAUAUAAAUAAAAAAAAGAUAAAUAAAAAUACUGAUAUAGAAAUGGGUUUAGCUGUAAGAACAUAUAUUUGCUGUUAGGUAGGUCCUUCACUCAAAGGCCAUUUGUGCUCUCUUUUUUGCGAAGACAAGCAGGUGAAUGGAAAACAUUUGAUUUUCUUUGCUUUACUCUUGGCUAUAGGAACUGAAAAGUUGAAAUGCUGUUAAAAUUCCCCCAAAUCUUUUAGGCUGCACAAUGUUUUCUUAACUAUAAAAAAAAAUAAAUCACCCAAAUGAUUGUUUAUUUCCUAUUAAAAGUACCUGGAAGCCUACCCAGUGGUCUAGUGUUACGUGCUGUGAGCAACGUGUGUGUUCUGAGACUAGAGUUCUUGUCUUGCAAACACUGAUGAGGAGACACACAGGUGCUGUGCCUGACCAGAGUGUUUAAAUGGGAAUCGUGAUGAAUUCCCACUGUGGAGACUGGUGGAAUCAUGGUGGAUUUAUUCAAAGUAUGUUCAAGUCUUUGUACAAAGUUUGGGUAAGCUUGGGGAAACUAGUUAGGGGGACAGAUGUAUUUACCUAUGCACCAAAAAGGUGCUGGUAAAGAUGUGACGUACAUUUGGGGUCCAGGGAGCAUAUUGGAUUGUAGCAAAUUGUACCCUGGGCCUUCUCUGUUUGUGCUGUGCCAGCCACUGAUGUAGGAGCCUUCUGACAGAUGUGGUUGCCCAGCACACUCAGGAUAGCCUUUGCAGCUUGUAGGUGGGGUCUUUCCCAUCUUCAGGUACAGAAACUAAACUUCAGCACUAGGCCUUCAGUUUUGGUAACUUUAUGAAAAACUUUGUGUAUUUGAGAAAUGAGCAAUGAAGCUUAGUGAAUUUUCUGUCAGAAAGGGCUGCUGUGUCUGACUUCUUAGAGAAGUCACUUAGAAAAUCCAGAGAAAAUUUCAGAUAAAGCAGAUAAUGGGACCUGUGGGGUAGGACGAACUUUAACCUUAAGUGGAUUAAGAAGUUGGUGUGUGUAUGACCAGCUCCAGUCACAACCAGGCAUGUUCAGACUGCAUACAGGCACUUCUGUCUGCACUGGCCACUGUCUUUUCUUUCUGGUGCCUGAGCAGAAGGUAAGAAAUUAGAAAGGGCAGCAACACCUUUCUGAUGCACUGAGUCAGAUUGUGCUGACCUUAGUCCUACUACCUUCAUCACACACGCAGUUUCCUCCCAAGCUAACCAACCACACCAGCAGCCCUGGAGUAGAGAGCAAGAGAAGAAGUGAUGGUCUUUGAUCUGUGAUGCUGUUUGUUGCUGCCUGGAGCUAACACCCUCUGCCCAACUUGCUGUCCUAGGCUUGAGAAAGUCCUCACGUUCCAGGAAUUCACAUUCAGAAUAGACUUUGCAUGACCUACUGGGUUGAGGGAGGGGAGAAUAAAUGUCUAGAUAUUUAUCCUGCCUCUGAAAGCUGUUUUGUUCUUGGCAUGAGCUCUUAUAGUGCCUGCGAGAAGUCUUGGGCUGGCUCUUCUAAGCCUGAGUCUGAUGGAAACAUUUAUGUGACAGAGUACCACAAAGGUCCUGUAAGGACUCUGCUCCAUCAGCAGAGGUAAUGGGCCCCAUCAUGAUCGAAGUUGUGUUUACAACCAGAGCAAUAUAGUAGAUGGAGUUUACUGCCUCCCAAUAGCACACUGGAUUGAAGUCUCUGGACAUACUGAUGAGAUGAAACAUACAACUGACUUCUAUUUUAAUAUUGCAGGACAUCAAGCUAUCCAUUACUCCAGGAUUCUGCCAAACAUCUGGCUGGGAAGUUGCCCUCGGCAGCUGGAGCAUGUGACCAUCAAGCUGAAGCACGAGCUGGGUGUUACGGCUGUGAUGAACUUCCAGACUGAAUGGGAUAUUGUUCAGAAUUCCUGGGGCUGCAACCGCUACCCAGAACCCAUGAGCCCUGAAAUCCUCAUGAAACUGUAUAAAGAGGAAGGUCUUGCCUAUGUCUGGCUGCCAACUGCAGACAUGAGCACUGAAGGAAGAAUACAGAUGUUGCCACAAGCUGUCUGCCUCUUGCACGGGCUACUGAAGAAUGGACACACUGUCUAUGUUCAUUGCAAUGCUGGUGUCGGCCGGUCAACAGCUGCUGUCAGUGGCUGGCUGAAGUACGUGAUGGGAUGGAGCCUGCGGAAAGUCCAGUACUUUUUGACUUCCCGGAGACCAGCUGUCUACAUAGAUGAGGAAGCUCUGAAUCGUGCUGAAGAUGAUUUCUACCAGAAAUUUGGGCAUCUUCGUUCCUCAUACCAAAUACAAGAGUAGAAAAGUAGAAGAGAAAAAGGAAGGUGAAGAGGAACCCUUACGUUUGAAUCCCAAGGACUUAGAAAUCAUGACUCCGGCGACAACUUCACCUCUUCAGAUUAUAAGCUUGUCAUAAAAGUCAUGAGAAUUUUGUUUAAACAGUGCCUUGCAGUAUUUUUUAUUUACUUUCUUUAAGCUGAUACAAUGCAUGUUUUCAAGCCUUUUGGUGCAAGUAUGAGACCUAGAAACUCUACAAAACAAAACUAAGAUUUUCUUCUAACCUCUUGCCUAUAGGAACUGAGAUUUUAGGGUAGACACUAAACAAGAUGUGAGGUGAAAUAGAGUUGACAAUAUUUCAGUGACAAGAAAGCAAAGGCAUUCUCAAAAAAAAACCAAUAUAAAGGUUGACUGAAUUAAUCUUCAGGUUAGGGUGGAGCAGAUCAUCAUCAAAGCUGCUCAGCUAUUUUAGGCAGUGUAGAUUGUUGCAGUGUUUUGUAGUAAUUUUGUAGACAAGUGGUAUUAAUGAGAAAGACCAUAAGGAAAUUGUUUUUUCAACUCAGUUUCUUAAGCAAAAAGCUAAUGUCUAAUGCAGUGAACUAAAAUUUCCUCUCUUUGUCUUUCUAGUUAAUAUUAAAUAUUAUAAGCUACAGCUAUGCUUUUAUGACGUUGGGAUUGUGCUGGAAUGUGACACAAAGAGAGGAAACAGCUCCACCUGCUUCAGUCUUGCUCUGUUAUGGGGAAGGACCACUAUUUAUUAUAUUAUCCUAGGCUGUGAGUUCUCUGAGUUGAAGCUACAUUUUGCUUUUCUGGUCCGUGCAGUGCUGUACAAUGGGCUCCCUAGGUGCCAAGUCAAUCUAAGCACUGGGGUAAGACAGGACCUGUUGGAAUUGUGUGAUAAGCUUCUGUGCAUGACUGACAUCACAGCCUCUGGACUGUUGACCUGGAUUUGAAUCUUCACUAUAGCAAAAGCCUCUCCUUGUGCAAGCAGUGUGUGGAUCUUCAUGGAUGUUAGGUUUAGCUGAUUGAAGCUAAUGCUGGGCUACUUCUGGGGUAAAUAAAGUGGAUACAUUCCUCUAAAGGAGCAAAGAGCAACUCUGCGAAGAGUUGCUCAGGAUCUUAGCCUCAGUAGGCUAAUGUUUGUUUUGUGGAUGAUCCCUAAUGUUUUCCAGUGCUGUCUGGUCACUUAGCUAAACUAAGCAGUGGCACCAACAGCUUCCAGCCCUGCUCAGGUAAAACCAAUUUGCUGUAGUUUGAGUUCAAGAGAGAAGGGAGAGAAUGUAUUUCCUAAGGAGGAGAGGAUUAAGGAUGCAAAAACAUUAAGAAACCUAAUUUCUAUAGGUUUAUUCUUCAGUGAAAUCUCAUUUUUUUCCAGCCAACUUGUUCCUCUAAAGAUGCAGUCAGUGCCAGAGUAGUUUAGCUGAUAUAUAUUGAUUUUCUGAAUACUUAAUGGAGAAACUAUUAGAUAUGAACUGCUUAUGGAGAAACUCCAAAAUAAUAUAAUACAUUUUAUUUAUCCUAUACUUCAAUCAUCUUCAAAGGAAAAAAAUGUUUCUUUAAGUUAUUCUACGUUUGGUUUUGGUCAUGACUUUGUUUCUGGUUUAUUGAAAUAAUGCUGCCUGUUUAGAAAAUGGAUGAGAAAGUUCUCUAUUAAAUAAAGACAUGAUGACAAUUCCAG